UUCGGAAGCUGCUUCAGAAAAUAUAUGUUUAGUUGCCUAGUCGUGGAGCGAGUACGAUAUGUCCACAGCUAUGGUAACGACUCUCUACGAUUACAGCGAUAUUUUAUACAAGAAACCCAACAUUAUAAACACCAACAAAACAGACUUCCCGCUGGACAGGAGGCCGAUCAGUCCAUCCACAAUCUUUAACUUUCAGAGCUUUAGAAGAAAUUCUGCCAAUCAUUUAACAAGUGUCAACAUCAGCCCACCGUCGCCCAAAUCAAUCGGCAUGCAUCAAAAACCAGGCUCUCCCGCAUUGCCAGUCUGUAGUAAUUCUAUACCGAACGUGUGUACUUCCAACAAUAUUUUCAACCUGUCUAGUGGUGGGCGAGAACUCCGGAAACUUGACCGGACAUUUAGUGACCCUGUAGAAAGGAGCAAUGCCCAAGCCAAGUCUAAUCAGACGAAUUCGAGUCGUUAUAAGACUGAACUGUGUCGGCCAUUUGAAGAAAACGGGACUUGCAAGUAUGGUGACAAAUGUCAAUUUGCCCAUGGAAAUCACGAGCUUCGUACGCUAUCGCGACAUCCUAAGUACAAAACAGAGUUGUGUCGUACAUUCCACACGACCGGAUUGUGUCCUUAUGGUUCCAGGUGCCACUUCAUACAUUACAGUGAGGAGACAAGAAAAAGCCUGUUCAGUAACCUGCAAGUUGGUAUGAAUACAUUCAAUCUAAACGAAUGUCCUUCGACUGAUCAAGGUGUCACUUCUAGACCAAAGGCACUGUCCCUCGGUAGUUUCAGUCUAGAUUCGGCUGGAGACUCCUCGCCACCGUCCAGUAUGAGCGGAAGCCCGACUUCUCUCAACAGCUUUUUUAAUGAUGAUACUUUCGGCAACUUCUCUCCGACUUUUCAGUCCAAUCCCUUAUCUAAUAGUAACACGGCUUUUUCAUUUUCUCAGGACUUUACGUCACUUAUGUCAACUUUGCAACAGCAAGCUCACCUAUCACCUUUCGGAGGAUCUCAGCCCGUUACGACACCUGCUGUGUUUGCAAGGAGAGGCCUGACAAGUCCUAAUAGCGAAAUAAUGGAUUCUACUGUUCGUGAACAGCUGUACUCCGUCGUUCCCCCAGCCCCACCGUCGCCAGUGGAUUCUAUCACCUCGGAGCUGGACGGGCUGAGCCUGGCUAGUAGUCCCGGGAUGGCUACUUGCAGUUCCCCAUUGGAUGUUAAUCGUACGCUUUUUCGCCUCCCAAUUUUCAGCAGUUUGGCUAAUUUCGAUUGAAAGGAAUAACUUUCGCCCAAAAACGUUUCUUUGGGAUCAACGCAAGGCUUGCUCUUGGUUAACCCUAAAAGCUUCAAGGUUGUUUAACAAACAAGUAUCAUAAUGUGUGAAAAUUAUAUUUUUAUUGCAUGAGUGUUUGUGUUGAGUUUGAAUUUUGGCCAAGUUUAAGCAUAUAUUUUUUAUGUCUUACUUAUUAAAUGUGUAUUUAUUGUAAUUGCAUUGUAAACUAGGUCAUUGUAUUGCUUAAAAUAUAAGCUAUUUGAACAAAAGAUGAAUGAUUACUUUGAUGAUUGUAAGUCACUUCUAAAUCUUACGAGCUUUGAGUAUUAUAUGUGGCUAGGUGUUCUGGCACCUUUCCUUGUUAGACAGCUAAGAUGUUAUCUUAGUUUCAAUCUGUGAAUUAAAACGUAGAUUUCGUUUUAUUUUGUGUUUUGACGAAUGUGGAAACAAAGUACUAUGUUUGAAACUUUUGUACCAUGUAUUUAAAUAACUUAUUUAUUUUUAAAUUGUCAUACGUAAACUUAUAAAAGACGUUUGAUGCCCAUAUUUAAGUUGGCGAAUAAAAGCCUAAGCAUUUUUGAUGCAAUUCUGUAAUAUAAACAUUUUCCAGAGUAAAAACGGAGGCUGCCAAAGACACCCCCAGUGUUUAAGACUUCCCUUUGUCCUUAUCAUACAAAAGCAGUCGUCCACGGAUAAUUAUUACUGAUAUGUUUUAUAUAUAUUUACAUUAAAUAAGGCGGAUUUGACAUAAUGUUUAAUUAUAAUAAUUUUGUAUUGAGGGAAAUAAAAUUGAUGAAACCUUUAAAUAAAUGGUGCAUAAUGAAGUGCCUUAAGUCUUAAAAAAGUUCAAAUAUUCCAUAACUGGUUACGCGGACCAAUCUGGAAUUAUUUAAGAUAUUAUUAUAGUUUAGAUAAGUGUGAGGCUGUAAAAUAUAUAAGUUUUGUAUCUGUAUUCAGAUGCUGACCAAAAAAUUAAACAUGAACUUAUUUUAA